UUGACUCGUGAUCAAGGUUAGCAGCUCCCGUCAAAAUGGUGAAAGUGUACGGACUUCUAGUUCUGUACAAAGGAGUAAACAGUGCGACAAUUUUAAAAGAUGCCUACGACUUAUCAAGUUUUAGCUACUUCCAAAAAGGGUCAGUACAAGAGUUCAUGUCGUUUGUUAGUAAAACUAUGGCGGAGAGGACACAGCCAGCUUCAAGACAGUCAGUAAAGGAAGGAGAGUAUAUGCUGCAAGUGUAUGUGAGAGCGGACAACUUAGCAGGCGUACUUAUUUCGGACCAUGAAUACCCCAGCAGAGUUGCGCACACAUUGAUUACCAAAAUAUUGGAUGAGUUCACAGCAAGAGUACCCGCUAACACUUGGCCAACAGCCAACAACACAACUGUAGACUUCCCUGUGUUGCCACAAUAUUUAGUCAAGUACCAGAACCCCAGAGAAGCUGAUGCUCUUACAAAAAUCCAGGAGGAUUUAGAUGAGACAAAGAUCAUAUUACAUGACACAAUAAAGGCAGUGCUAGAGAGAGGUGAAAAACUAGAUGACCUAGUGGCCAAGUCUGACAGUUUGUCUUACCACAGUAAAGCAUUCUACAAGACUGCCCGAAAGACCAAUAGUUGCUGUAACUUUUGAAGAACUUUGUGUCAUUUGAAUGGCCAUAGUUGUUUUAGAGCAAAGUAUUAAUGUUAUACCAUACAUAGACAUUAUUAAUGUAAUAAAUGUGUAUUGUGUGUGAUGU